AUGGAUGAACUUUUACAAGAAAGACUUGCUAAAAUAAAAAAAAUACGUGGUUCAGACAAAUUUGAUUCUGCAUUUGAACUUUUAAAAGAAAUUGUUCAAGAAUUAUUUAAUAAUUAUGAUAAAGUGCUUAAAAAUAAAAAUGAGAAAAUCAA